GAAAGUCGAAACCAUGAAUGACAAAUAUGACACAAAAGGGUCACUUUUAAUCAUUUAUUUCUGAAGCAUAUAACCAUUCAACAACCACAACACCACUAGAAAAUCUCAUUUUCUUCCCAUCCAAACACAAAAAAGCGUAGAACUUUGGUUUCCCGAUUCCCAAAUCCAACCAAACCCCAUGUCUCCGAUUGUAUUUCUCUCAGCGAUUCUCAUCUUUUUCACCUCAGCGACGACGUCGUUUGCCUCUGCCGAUGAUCACAACAUCCUCUCAGCAUACCAAGUGCUCCAGCAAUACGGCUUUCCUCAAGGCCUUCUUCCCAAAGGAGUAACUGGGUACGAGCUGAACAGAGACACAGGAGAGUUCUCUGCCCACUGGAAUGGAACUUGUAAAUUCAACCUUGAAGGUUCGUAUAGUCUCGAGUACAAGUCCACCUUAAGUGGAGUCAUAUCAAAAGAAAGGCUCAAGAAUCUAAAGGGUGUGAGCGUUAAGGUUCUGUUCUUUUGGCUCAACAUUGUGGAAGUGGUUCGUGAUGGUGAUGAGCUUCAAUUCUCGGUAGGAAUCGCUUCGGCCAACUUUCCAAUUGACAACUUUGAGGAGUCUCCCCAGUGUGGUUGUGGAUUGAACUGUAACUCAGUUGAGGUUAUGUGAUGGGUAAGACUAAGGUCCAACGAAGAUUUUAUAUUAUGGGUAGAGAAUUAUAUGAUAAUGUAUUCAAUAGUCACCACGGGUUAAACUUAGGACUUAUUAGGGCCUUGAUUUUUAGGUGUACAAAAGGGCAUUCAAAAACAGAGGACAAGAUUACUAUGGUUGUUGUUAACUUCUUAUUAUUACUUAAUAGUUAAUUGCAUGCUCUAUUUAUAUUUU